AAGCCGGGCUGGUCCAAUAGGAGCGCCCCUUAUAACGGGGCGCGGAGCCCGGCGCUGGCAGCUCAAGAUGGCGGGUGAGAGUGAGGCAGCAGUGAAACCGCCGGCACCUCCGCGGCCGCAGAUGAUGGAAGGCAAUGGGAACAGCCACGAGCACUGCAGUGACUGUGAGAACGAGGAGGACAACAGCUACAUCCGAGGUGGUUUGAGUCCAGCCAAUGACACUGGAGCCAAAAAGAAGAAAAAGAAACAAAAGAAGAAGAAAGAAAAAGCCAGUGAGACAGAGUCAGCCCAGGAUCAGCCUGUGAAGAUGAACUCUUUGCCAGCAGAAAGGAUCCAGGAAAUACAGAAGGCCAUUGAGCUGUUUUCAGUAGGCCAGGGACCUGCCAAAACCAUGGAGGAGGCCAGCAAACGAAGCUACCAGUUCUGGGAUACGCAACCUGUCCCCAAACUGGGUGAAGUGGUGAACACCCAUGGUCCUGUGGAACCUGACAAAGACCAUGUCCGCCAGGAGCCCUACACCCUGCCCCAGGGCUUCACCUGGGACGCCUUGGACCUGGGCGACCGGGGAGUGCUGAAAGAGCUGUAUACCCUGCUGAACGAGAACUACGUGGAAGACGACGACAAUAUGUUCCGAUUUGAUUACUCCCCAGAGUUCCUUCUGUGGGCUUUGCGGCCACCUGGCUGGCUGCCCCAGUGGCACUGUGGGGUUCGAGUGGUCUCAAGUCGGAAACUGGUUGGUUUCAUUAGUGCCAUCCCAGCAAACAUCCACAUCUAUGACACAGAGAAGAAGAUGGUAGAGAUCAACUUCCUGUGUGUCCACAAGAAGCUGCGUUCCAAGAGGGUGGCACCAGUCCUGAUCCGAGAGAUAACCCGGCGGGUGCACCUAGAGGGCAUCUUCCAGGCUGUGUAUACCGCUGGGGUGGUACUGCCAAAACCUGUGGGCACCUGCAGGUAUUGGCAUCGGUCCCUCAACCCCCGGAAGCUGAUUGAGGUGAAGUUCUCUCACCUGAGCAGGAACAUGACCAUGCAGCGCACCAUGAAGCUCUACCGGCUGCCAGAGACUCCUAAGACAGCCGGGCUUCGACCAAUGGAAAGAAAGGACAUUCCAGCAGUGCACCAGCUGCUCUCCAGGUACCUGAAGCAGUUCCACCUCACACCAGUCAUGAGCCAGGAGGAGGUAGAGCACUGGUUCUACCCCCAGGAGAACAUCAUUGACACCUUCGUGGUGGAGAAUGCGAGUGGUGAAGUGACAGAUUUCCUCAGCUUCUAUACACUUCCUUCCACCAUCAUGAACCACCCAACCCAUAAGAGUCUGAAAGCUGCUUACUCCUUCUACAAUGUCCACACCCAGACACCUCUUCUAGACCUCAUGAGUGAUGCCCUUGUUCUCGCCAAAAUGAAAGGUUUCGAUGUGUUCAAUGCACUGGAUCUCAUGGAAAACAAGACCUUCUUGGAGAAGCUCAAGUUUGGCAUAGGGGACGGCAACCUUCAGUAUUACCUAUACAACUGGAAGUGCCCCAGCAUGGGUGCCGAGAAGGUUGGGCUUGUGUUACAGUAACCAGUUGUCAGUGAGAUUCUGGAUAAAGCCACUGAGGAUUCCAGCCAGCAAGGGAACCCACCACUCUUUGGUCCAGUCUCACAGGCCUGAGGGUCCUGGAAGGGAGCAGAACCAAACUGGCUUCACCAAACUACCAGCAGGCUCGAGGACUGUGCUGCAGUGGCAUGGGCCACGUGACUUCACCUCAGGCCAUCUGGUCUCCCUGUUUUCCAGUUAAUCACAUCCUCAUGGAGCCGUGAUCAAGGGAAUGUAACUGCUGAAACUAGCUCGUGAUUGGCAUAUUAUGGAGUUAACGGGUGAAUAAUAAAAGUAUAUAUAUUAUAUAUAUAUAUAUAUAUAAAAAUAUUUUAAAUAUC